AUGUCCAAUCCCUAUCCAAUAUCUUAAAGCCAAAUUUGCUUUUGCUUCAAGUCUUCAACUAUGUAACUACCAUCUUUCCAUAGUGCAUAAUCAUCACACACCACCAAUAGAAACAAAUGGAGUCAACUACCCAAAAGUCCCUCUUCAUCAUCAAGAACCUUAUUUUUUUCUGCUUCUUCUUCUUUCAAAUCUCACACUCACACUCACACUCAACUUCAACUCCAAGAUCAAAACCUCACAUAUUCCCCAAAGAAGCACUCCCUACAAAAUCUGGUUACCUCCCAGUGGACCCCACCACCACAUCCUCCAUUUUCUACACUUUCUAUGAAGCCCAAAACUCCACUUCACCUCUCUCCCAAACCCCACUUCUCAUCUGGCUCCAAGGUGGCCCUGGCUGCUCCUCCAUGAUCGGCAACUUCUACGAGCUCGGACCCUGGCGUGUCACCAAUUCCCUCACCCUUGAACCAAACCCUGGCUCCUGGAACCGAAUUUUUGGCCUUCUGUUUCUUGAUAGUCCCAUUGGAACCGGUUUCAGCGUCGCGGCGACACCCGAAGAAAUCCCAGCUGAUCAAACCGGUGUCGCGAAACACCUUUUCGCGGCGAUAAAAGGGUUUAUUCAGCUUGAUCCUGUGUUUAAGGAUCGGCCUAUUUAUAUUACAGGUGAAAGCUAUGCUGGGAAGUAUGUUCCUGCUAUUGCACACUAUGUGUUUGAUAAAAAUACUCAGUUGGAGGAAUCUGAGAGAGUGAAUUUGGCUGGUGUGGCGAUUGGGGAUGGGCUAACUGACCCGGUAACGCAAACGGUUACUCAUGCUGCGAAUGCUUAUUAUGUUGGAUUGAUUAAUGAGAAGCAGAAGAUUGAGCUGGAGAAGGGUCAAUUGGAAGCUGUUAGGUUGGUGGAGACAGGGAAUUGGAGUGAAGCCACGGACACGAGGAGGCAUGUGUUGAGAGUGUUGCAGAAUAUGACAGGGUUGGCUACUUUGUAUGACUAUACAAGGAAAGUUCCUUAUCAAGAUGAUUUGGUUGGGGAAUUCUUGAAUUUUCCUGAGGCGAAGAAGGCCUUAGGGGUGAAGGUGAAUGAAUCGUUUGUGUACGAGUUGUGCAGUGAUGUUGUUGGGGCUGUGUUACAUGCUGAUGUGAUGAAGAGUGUGAAAUACAUGGUGGAGGACUUGGUGAGGAAGAGCAGGGUGUUGUUGUAUCAGGGUCAGUAUGAUUUGAGGGAUGGUGUGGUCCAAACUGAGGCUUGGGUGAAGACAAUGAAAUGGGAGGGGAUUGAGCAGUUUCUUAAUGCGGAAAGGAAGAUUUGGAAGGUGAAUGGUGAGCUUGCUGGGUAUGUGCAAAAUUGGAAGUCUUUGACCAAUGCUGUGGUUUUGGGGGCUGGCCAUCUUUUGCCUACUGACCAGGCUGUGAAUUCUCAAGUAAUGAUUGAAGAUUGGGUUUUGGAAAGGGGUUCGUUUAAAAGUGUCGUCCAGCAGGAAAAAGUAUCAGGAAGUUCUAAACUUGCUGUGGAACUAUCUAAGAUUAACCGUUAGCAUGAUUGGAUCAGUUUCUCUUUCAUCACCAGAAUCAAUUCUGAAUUUCAGAAGCUACAGAAGCUUCUCUCUAGCUCGAAUCAAAUCAGCUGUAAAAGGAUUUCUACACACGCACGCAUUGUGAGUUGUAAAUGUUAUUAUUGAGCUGUAUUCUACUACAUUGAAUGAAUAAACAUGGAAAAAAUGUACUGUUAAGCAACGUUAAUCAAUUUGUAAUCUUGUAAGCAUGUUUAGUUUUUUAUGGAAUUACAUUAAAUUCUUAUGGCA